GGACGGACUUUGAAUGGCCAACCACUUCUGGAAUUUCCAAUGUCGAGUGGUGAACCAGCUUUGGAGCCUUUGAAAAUAAAACGUGCAAUCUUAUGGGCAAGGGUAGAGUUGAAACAUGUCCAUCAUUACCAACACCACCGAAGACAAAUCAAUCUGAGAAAUAUCACUUUAUGGGUGUUCAAAGUUCGAUGUGGUAACACAACUCAUUUGCGUGGCAAGGAAUUGAGCGAACACUUGGAAAUGGUGACAUCAUUAACCGUGAAUGUAGGCCAAUUGGGAUGGCAAAAAUUUGACGUUACAAAAAUUGUAAACAGUUGGUAUACGUCACAUAAACAUAUAAAAGAAAGGCUGACACUUCUUGUGGAUUGUACGGGUUGUAGUACUCACGUGCAUAUUUCCACUUUUAACGUUCAAGCGUCCCGCGUCGCUGGUUCGUCAAUCGACUCAAAAAGUGCUCAAGAUCCAGACCGUCCAUUUUUAGUUGUACGAACCGAUCCAGCUGCAAUCAAACGAGUAAGAAGACGUGCUAUAGAAUGUAGCGGCGCAUUAAAAGGACAGUGCUGCAAACAAAGGUUUUACGUCAGUUUUUCACAACUUGGCUGGGACGAUUGGAUAAUAGCGCCUCAAGGGUACUACGCAAACUACUGCAGAGGUGAUUGUGCAGCUGGACAUCGUACGCCUGACACAUUUCUUAAUUAUUACACACACGUAAUCGAGGAGUAUAGGAAAAUGGAUAGACUGGCAGGAAUGCAACCAUGUUGCGCUCCUCUUAAAUUUUCACCGAUGUCAUUGAUAUACUACGGUCCAGAUUCAAACAUUAUCAAACGAGAUUUACCUAAAAUGGUAGUGGAUGAAUGUGGUUGUCCUUAA